UUAGAUCGGUCUGUUGCGGUCUGUUGUGCGUCAGUUGCGUGCGGUAUGUAGUGGUGUUCGUGGUGCGGUAUGUGUUGAUACGAAACUAAAACAGGAAAUUAAAGGGCUGCGCGUGUAACGCGUUGGUCGUCGAGUGAUUGGUAGAAUGGUGUUCGGAUUUUUAAGGAGAAUAAAGUCUUGGAUUGUGUGGUCGUGGACGUAUUUAUGGGCAUUCUGGUUUCUCUUGGUGCUGUUCGUGAUAUACUAUCUUCGUGGACCCCUUAAAAUAAGCGAAAAUAUUGGAAUUGCCACCAUGUUCCUGAGUACACUAACACCAAAGUUUUAUGUGGCCCUCACUGGAACUUCAUCUCUCAUCUCAGGACUCAUUUUGAUAUUUGAGUGGUGGUACUUUCGCAAAUAUGGCACGUCGUUCAUUGAGCAAGUGUCAUUGAAUCAUAUCAGUCCAUGGAUUGGCGGGGGUGAUAAUGGCGGGGAAGCAAAUAAUGUUGCAGCAAAUGCCAGUGCCACAGCCACCAAUCAGCAGGCAGUUCCAGAAUGCAAAGUGUGGCGGAAUCCUUUAAAUCUCUUCAGAGGUGCAGAAUACCAGAGGUUCUAUUGGGCUACUAAUAAGGAACCUCUAACAUACUAUGACAUGAACUUAUCUGCUCAGGAUCAUCAAACCUUUUUCACAUGUGAAGGUGACUGUGGAAAAGCUGAAUAUGAGAUAAUGCAGACAGCAUGGCGUGAACGUAACCCGGUAGCAAGAAUUAAAGCUGCACAUGAUGCCCUUGAAAAGAACCCUGAUUGUGCCCCAGCAUAUAUCUUGCUGGCAGAAGAAGAGGCGAUUACUAUUUUGGAUGUGGAGAAGAUUCUCAAGCAGGCAUUGAGAGCAGCUGAAAUGAAUUAUAGAAAAUCCCAGCAGAUGCAGCAUCAAGGCUCUGUGAUGGAAGCAUUGCAUAGGAGAGACACAAAUGUUUUAAUAUACAUUAAAAGAAGGUUGGCAAUGUGUGCGAGAAAACUGGGGAAGCUAAAGGAAGCAGUGAAAAUGUUCCGUGAUUUAACAAAAGAAGUACCGCCAAUUAUGAAUGUAUUGAACAUUCAUGAAAAUCUAAUAGAAGCGUUACUAGAGAUGCAAGCAUAUGCUGAUGUUCAAGCUGUCCUGGCAAAGUAUGAUGACAUCAGUUUACCAAAAUCAGCAACAAUAUGUUACACAGCAGCACUUCUAAAAGCACGGGUUGUAGCAGAUAAGUUUUCUCCAGAUAUUGCAAGCAAGAGAGGGCUUACAACAGCAGAAAUGACUGCAGUAGAAGCAAUACAUAGAGCAGUUGAAUUUAAUCCACAUGUGCCAAAAUAUUUGCUGGAGAUGAAACCCCUCAUCCUGCCACCAGAGCAUGUUCUGAAAAGAGGUGAUUCAGAAGCAAUAGCAUAUGCAUUCUUCCAUUUGCCGCAUUGGAAGCAGGUGGAAGGGGCACUAAACCUACUGCACUGUACAUGGGAAGGUACUUUCCGUAUGUUGCCAUACCCUCUUGAAAGAGGACACUUGUUUUAUCCAUAUCCCACAUGUACAGAAUGUGCCGACAGAGAGUUGCUACCAGUUUUCCAUGAAGUGAGUGUGUAUCCAAAGAAGGAGUUGCCGUUCUUCAUCCUCUUUACAGCAGGUCUUUGUUCCUUCACCGCCUUACUGGCUCUAUUAACCCACCAGUACCCUGAGCCCAUGGGUGUAAUAGCAAAGGCAAUGCUGAGUUGGGUUUCUCUUCCAUUCCACUAUCUACUGGACAAGCUGGAAGCAGUGCUCCCAUCAAACUUACUACAACAGCUGUCCAGGAUAUGAAUUUAAAUAAACUGAAGACAAUGUGAAGACUUUUUCAUUCAUGAAUGUCAGAAGAAAAUGAAGAGAGUAUGACUGGCAUACAAAGAGGGAGUGAAUUUUGAAGAGUUAUUCCCAGUGAUAUCUUCAUUCACACUGUCAGUGAUACAGGAUGAUUCAUAAGUCCCUCCAGAACUUCCAAACUUGGCAGCGCAACAACCAAAAGAGGCACAGCAGAAAGGAUAUCGGAAGGUAGAGAAUCUCUCCAAGUAUGUUUGGGUAAUAUGCACCAUGGGAUAAGGAAGCAUUCUGCAUCUUGGAAUUUGCCAAAACUGAAUCAAUUGUGAUGGUGCAACAGAGGUUUUGGACCAAGUAUCACACAGAACCACCUACGGACAAAACAAUUCAUGGGUGGUACAAGACAUUCCAGCAGUGUGGCUGCCUGUGUGCUGCAAAAUGAAGAGGCCAACCGGGCCAGAGACUAUCAAAUGUGUGCAAGAAACUUUUGUCAGGAGCCCUCAGAAGUGAUUUUUUUCUUUUGGGGUUACAUCAGGAAUCGUGGAGAGAUGUUGCAAUGUGUGUGUGCGUGCAUGGGGGGAGGGGGGGGGCAGGAGAGUGAUUACGAGAUUGACGUCUGCCGCGUCACCAAGCGUGAAUAUAUCAAGCACCUGUAAGGCAAGACGUACUUGGAGUGUCUAUCCUUCUGUUGAUAUGGCCCCUCACCACCCAUGAUGACCAUCCUGACUAUUGUACUGCUGAGUUUGGAGAUCCUUGAGGAACUUGUGAAUUAUCCUGUAUUACUGACCUGCAGUACAUGGAGAAGAAUAUGUGGGUGACGUUGCCAUGGUGAAUGGCAAUGCAUGUUCUUGCACAAGUUCUAGAGCAAGAACUUAUUUGUGCUGUGACUACAGAGUAUUUUUGGGUAAUGUACUUAAUGUAAAAAUCCAGGUUUACUGAAGUUGAAUCUACAGUUUUACUAGACUGCGGUUUGUAUGGUUAAGGAGUACAUUGCAUGCCAAGACAUUAUUUAUUGUGUAAUUGUUUUCUUUGUUGCAAAUGAUACUUCAUUUUUUUUAGAAAUAUUUCUUCAUUAGAUUUUUUUAAGUCAGCAUAGAUGACAGUGUAAUAAAACAGUAAGGUACUAAUAUUGGCCAGGAAAUCACUGGUUAGAAUAAAUAAAUAAAUUAAUAAA